UAAAAAUUCCAAUUGUUUUUGCUUCGCGCUCUCUUCCAAUUACGAAAUGCAGCCUCGCUCUCUAUCUCUCUCUCCCGCUCUCGCAAAUACUGGAGUCGCGCUCUCUCAAUAUAGCCAUCUCGUUCGCGCGACUGCAACGUAUGCCAGUGCACACAAAUUUUCUUGACGUCAGCAGCGACGCGACAGCGAAAUGAGUUGGAAGUUGGCCGGUUUUAUUUAUUAAUGUUGUUGCGUGUGAUUGCGAGUAUCCCUGCCGUACCCCUCCCCCCGUUCCCAUUCCAUUCCCCCAUCACACGCAUUUUUGUCGGUCUACCUGCCAUUCCGCUGCCGCUGCCGCUGUCGACGUCGACGCUGGCGUCGCUGCGCCUGGACACGUCUGCAUUUUACCUGCGUUUAUUUGAUGUAAACUCAUCUAUUGGAAUUGUGCUCUCUUUAUUUUUGUUGUUUAUACACACACACAUAGACAAUUAAGCAAAAGGGAAACGACAACGCAAACGAAACAAAAACGUACAAAAAAUUCUCAGUUUUAAUUCUUGUUCUUAUGUUUUGCUUCAUGUUCCGCUUCUCUUGCGUUAAUGAACAACAAUCAAACAACCAAACAAACCAAACGAAACAACAACAACGAUAACAGUGGCAAACGGAUCAAGAAGAAGCAGCGCAGCAGCAGAAACUGGCAGAGUCAGAAAACGCAGCAGCAGCAGCAGCGCAAAACUCCAACAACAAAAUGAGUUGGGGUACGGAUCUAUGGGAUCAGUUUGAUAAUCUGUCUUUACACACAAACAGAGGCAUUGAUGUGCUCGAUAAAUAUGCCAAUUUCUUACGCGAUCGAGUGGCCAUAGAAACCGAAUAUGCCGGCAAAUUAAGGCGCUUAGUGAAAAAUUAUCAGCCCAAAAAGAAGGAGGAGGAAGACAAUGAAUUUACAUCGAGGCAAGCGUUCCGCAAUCUGCUCAAGGAGGUGGGCGAUUUGGCGGGACAGCGCGAAGUUGUGUCCGAGACCCUGCAACUACAGAUCAUACAGGGUGUGACGUUGCUAUCGAAAACACUGCGUGAAGAUCGCAAGAAAUGCCUAAACGAUGGCACCGUGCUGCAACAGACACUGAGCGCACAAUUGUCGUCGCUGGAGCGCGCCAAACGCAACUAUGACAAGGCCUAUCGGGACUCGGAGAAGGCUGUCGAGAAUCACAAGAAGGCCGACAUGGAUUUCAAUCUGAGUCGUGCCGAAGUUGAGCGUUACAAGAACAUUAUGACAUCGAAGAUACAACAGUCCGAUGAUGCGAAGAACGAGUACGCCAACCAGCUGCAGAAGACCAAUAAUCUACAGCAACAGCACUAUGGUACACUACUGCCCGCCGUCUUCAAUCGGCUGCAGGAGCUGGACGAGAAACGCACGCGUGGCAUACGUGAGUUCAUCAUUGGCGCCGCGGACGUUGAGUCCUCGGUGGCGCCCAUCAUAGCACGUUGCAUGGAGGGCAUUGUGAAGGCCGGUGAAUCCAUCAACGAGCAGGAAGACUCCCUCAAAGUAAUCGAAAGAUAUCAAUCGGGCUUCCAACCACCAGCGGACAUACCAUUUGAGGAUCUAUCGAAGAUGGACUCCUCGAUAGCGACGCAAUCGAACUACAGCAGUGUCACCUACAAUCACUUGACCAUUAAGGGCACGAUCAGCGGUCCCAAGUUCAAGAAACCACGCGGCGGCAUCUUGAACAGCAUCUUUGGCAGCAACAAGCAACGGCAGAUAAUUGAAGCCUGUAUCACGAUGAAGAACUCACUCACGGCGGACGGACAAAAGGAGGACUAUAGCGAUCUGCCACCGAAUCAACAGCGAAAAAAACUGCAGGCGAAAAUUGCGGAGCUGCAGCACAAGGUCGAUCAGGAGACGAAUACGCGGGAUGGACUCAUGAAGAUGAAGAUUGUCUAUGAGGCGAACUCAUCGCUGGGCAAUCCGAUGACCGUUGAGGGUCAACUUAACGAAUCCGAGCAUGAAUUGGAAAAACUGAAAAAUGAUUUGAAAAAGUAUCAGGGCUAUUUGGACAAGGCCAAUCAGCUGCAGGUGGCCAACAACAGUCCGCAAUCGAAUCGCAAUCAAUUGCAAAACGGACACAGAACCUCGAGACAUUCCAAUGGCAGCGCCAGCGCUGAUGAUCAUAACGAUGGCGAUGAUCAGCCCGAUGAUGCUGGCAGCUUAAGCAGGUCAGAUUCUGAGGAUAAUGUGGCGCAAAUACAAAAUGGGCAUAAUAAUAACAAUAACGGUUCGGCAAGUCCCGAAAGCGGCCUCGGCACCUCGCACACUUCGCUGCCCGGCUCCGGUCAGGGCAGCGCCAAUGAGAACGCCAUGGGCGAGGAGACGUGCUAUGAAACGGAAGUGGAGCUGCUGCAACCGCUUGGCACAUGUCGUGCACUGUAUCCCUUCGAAGCUACCAGCGAAGGCAGCAUACCCAUGAAUGAGGGCGAGGAGCUGCAGGUGAUUGAGAACGAUCAAGGUGAUGGCUGGACGCGCGUGCGACGAGCGAACAACUCAAAUGGCUGGGACGAGGGCUUUGUGCCCACGAGUUACAUCGAAUGCACACUCUUUGCCUAGACUACGCUUCGUAAGCAUAAAACUCCUAUAAUGAUAUGGGAUAGGAUGGAGCACAGAACGAGAAAGAACAGCAGGAGGCAGUUUUCAAUGUUAACAAAACAGCAUUUUUGCAUAUGUUCCAUACAUUUGUGUACUUUUGUCAUAACUUUGCGUAACUUUGGACAGCCAUAAAACAGACAUUGAAAUCACUUCAAAUCAAACACUCACACACAUACAUACAUACUCACACACACACGCACAACCAUGUACAUUGUCUUAAGGAUAAGUUAAACAAGUUUUUGGAUUUCUAUACAAAUGUUGUAUACUAUUUACUAUGAUUUUAAAUGGCAUUGAUUCAAUGAUUGAUGGAGACAAAUAGAUAUAUCAUUACAACUAUACGUAGUUCAUAUACUAUAUUUACUAUAUAUAUACCAAAACUAAAUCUAUAUAUACAUAUAUAUAUAGCGCAUAUAGUAUGUGUAUAUGCACCCCACGAGCAGACCUCACCUAAUUGUAAGCAAAUGCAAAACGCAAACGUUUCCCUCUUCACAUCAGAUCAACUUUAAGUAAAACAAACAAUCAUGUAUUAACUAUUUAUAUAUAUAUAUACAUACAUAUAUAUACAAGCAUAUAUAUACAUCAAUAUAUAUAUAUAGAUAUACACGUAAAAAGUAUAAUUUAAAUAACAACCUAAAACAUAUUUUCAAUCAACAUCCAUCACAUAAAAAGUAAGCUGGUAAACAUAUUCUGAAGGCACCUGAAAAUCAAUCUAAAUGCACUUUACAAUAUGCUUACUACAUUUAUUUUUUAUAAUCGCAUUUCGCAUUCGCAUACUCAAAAAAACAA